GUACAAUCAAUCGCGGAACGGUUGACGCGCUGCGACAAUAAAUAAUCACGCCUAGCGAAAACGAAAUCAGGGCGUCCUGGCUAGGAAAGGGUCGCAUCCACGGCCCAGCGCCCAACGACCACCGCACAUAUCGCUGCCAUUCAAUGCUCUCUGCCAGACAGCCGCUCAUGGAGGCUUCGGACAACAACGCGACUGCGUCGCCCGCCCCUGAGGACGGCUCGCGACGGAGCCGAUCCGGGCGCGUCGUGCGGGCCCCAUCAAAGUUCACCCCCGAGGCUGCGCCCGCCGCUGGCAAGCGCAAACGCCCCGAAGACCACGACGAUGACGACGACGAUGAUGACACAGACGAUGACGACAACCAAGGCCACGGCAACGGCGAGAACCUGGAGAACGAGCCGCCUGCCUCCGAUAGCGAACUGAGCGACCCCGACGACGACAUCGACGAUCCCGACGACCAGGACCACGCCGCCAUAGCAGGCCAUGCGCGAUCAAAGAAGAGGCGGCCGGCGUCUUCAAACAAGGUGAAGAAGCCGGCCGCGAAGAAACCAAAGAUCAAUGGCUCCACCCCCACCUACGCUGCCGACCUGCCCAGCAGGCCCAAAAAGGCGGCGCGUGUCGCAAUCGUCGACAACGACGGAGAGGGCCUCUAUGCUGAUGUCUUCGGGUCUGGCGCGCGCGCCGACGACGUUGCUGGCCGCUGGUACACCAGCUACAACGAGGACAAGGCCGCCGCCGUCAAGGACCUGGUCAACUGCGUCCUGCAGGCGGCCGGCUGCCAGCACCAGAUCAGCGAGGACGACGUGAACGACCCUGAUAACUGCGAGAACCGACUCGCCGAACUCCAGAGUCUCUAUGAGGAUCAACAACUUGCCGAGUAUCCCUUGAUCGCCAAGUCGCGCACGACGCGAUCCUUCCGGACGCUGCUUGUCGAGUUCUUUGGCUCCCUCAUCACCGUGCUGCACGAGACCCAGGCGCUGUACGAGGAUGAGGCCCUCAUGGAGAACAUCGCCAGAUGGGUGGCCACCAUGUCGUCGUCAACCCUACGUCCCUUCCGACACACGGCCACAACGGUCUCACUUGCCAUGCACUAUGCGCUCGUUAAUGUCACUAGGAAGGUCGACGAGCGCAUCAUCAAGAUCACGCAGCAGCUCGAGAGCGAAAAGGGUCGCAGGAAGGACAAGGCCAGUAGGGACAAGAUCGCGUCCCUGCAGGCUUCCCUAGACGAGGCCAACCAGCACAGGGAGGUGUGCGGCACGCAGAUGACGGAUCUGUUCGAGACAAUCUUUGUGCACCGCUACCGCGACAUCGACGUGCGCAUCCGGACAGAGUGCGUCGAGGCCCUCGGCACAUGGAUCUACCUUCUCCCCACAGUGUACAUGGAGCCCGAAUACCUCCGCUACCUCGGCUGGAUGCUCACGGAUACGAACCCUGGGACCCGCGCCGAGGUUCUCCGACAGCUGGCGAGGAUCUUCAAGCGGGACGCCGAGAAGCUCGGCCACUUCAUCGAGCGGUUCAGGGAUCGGCUGGUGGAGAUGUGCACCAGAGACACGGACGUUGCCGUCAGGGUGGCCGCCAUAUCUGUCAUUGACUGCCUCCGCGUGCAGGAGAUGCUGCAGCCCGACGACAUUGACCAGAUCGGCAAGCUCAUCAUCGACGCUGAUGUGAGGAUACGCAAGGCCGUCUCGGACUUUUUCGUGCUUGGCAUCGAGGACAGUGUCGAGCUCAAGAUCCAGGAGAUUGGAGGCAGCGAGGCCCUCGAGGAGGUCUUUGAGCAAGACCAGGAUGCCUACGACUCGCCGCGCAAGGACUGGAUCAAGAUCAAGUGCCUCGCCGAGAUGUUGGCGGGCUACGCGGCCGACGAGGAGCCGGCCCCCCCGCGCACCGAGGCGGUCGAGAUUGCCACCGACGUCAUUGAGCCGGCCUUCACCGAGACUCGUGUCACGCUGGCGUCGCAGGCACUAUUCGAGAAGUUACCCGAAGUUAGCAACUGGGAAAUUAUCGCGGGUUACCUGCUCUUCGACCACAGCGUCAGCCAAGCGUCCAAGUCUAGAUCCAAAUCGAAGCCGACCGAGGCAACCUUCAGAGCCGCUGUCGCGCCCGAGGGCGAGGAGGAGGCGAUCCUGCUCGAAGUCCUGGCUGCGGCUGUGCAGCUCAACCUAGCCCAGAACGUCGAGCAUGACAGGCACAGGAAAAGACCGGCAAGGACGGCCGACGGCGAGGUGCCCGAGGGCACAGCCGUUCACCUCGCCGACGCCAUCCCGCGCCUGCUGAACAAGUACGGCGCCGAGGCGAGCACAGCCAGGAUAGUCCUGGGCCUGCACCACCACCUAGACCUCGAGGUUUUCCUGCAGCUCCGCCAAGACACCACCACAUACGCCCGCCUCCUAGACGAGAUAUGUGCGCAGUUCCUUCGGCACGCCGACUCGGCCGUCAUAUUCCAGGCGACGCGUGCGCUACUUGUCGCGCAGAGGCACGAGGAGCUGAAGGAGCUGGCUGAGCGCAAGAUCGAGGACCUGUGGCAGAACAUUGUCGCUUCUCUUCGCAGGUUCGACAGGAGCACAGAGCUUUCGGUGCGCGGAAACCUGGACGAGAACGUGCUGCUUCAGCUUAUCACGGUCGUCAUGAAGAUCAGCAAGCUGGCCAGCAUCUGUCAUUGCGUCCAAGUUCUCGAGGCCGAGGGCGAGUCGGACGAGUCAAAGUCGCCGGCCAUCAACAUCCUGGCCAAUAUGGUGUAUCGCGGCCGGCUCGGCGAGGUCAACGACGACAUCGAUAAUAUCGAGGACGAGCUGACCGUGUACACCAUCAAGGCGUGCAACUUCUACUUUGUGUGGAAGACGCACGACAUCAGGACAGCCAUCCAGAACAACUCCGACAUACCAGACCCCGAGAUUAGCAAGCUGUCGUACCUGCGCCAGGCAUAUGACACGAACCUGGUGCACACUUUCUCUUCGCGCGGUGGCUACGACGACCUCCGGCUCUUCGCCACGGGCAACCUCUGCGACCUCCAGCUCCUAUGUGCCAGCAUCGGCACAGCCGUCGCCACCUGCGGUGACCUGGACAGGUAUACAGGCCUGAAGGUGCUGGUGCGCGAGACGGAUCCGGGCCAGGUGAGCGAGAUCAUCGCCAUUUACGACACGGCCGAGCGUCUGUAUGGGCAGCGCGCGCGGCGCCAGCUAGGCGACGCUGCCGCUGACGACGACCCGCUCGACGAGGACGUUCUCAGCGACGACGAGGCCGAGGCUGACAAGGGCCGGACCGAUGAGGGCCGCCGCGUAGCCGAGCUCCGGGCCGAGAAGAACCUGUGCGACAUAGCCGCCAAACUCGUCAUGAUCGUGCGCGCCCGCAUGAUCGACCAAUCCGGGCCCCGCGCCGGCCGCCUGCGCCGCCGCCUCUUGCGCAACCAACACAGGCUGGGGCCCAACUUCAAGGCCGUGGUGGCUUUCCUGGACGAGUCCAAGGACCCCGAGACCGUGGGCGCCGGCGCCGGCGACAGGAAGAAGAGCAGGUCUGCGGCGGCCAAGGGCAAGCUGCCCGCGAUCGCGACGGCCGCCGCCGCCGCCGCCGCCGCCGCCGACUCGGCGGGCGGCAGGAAGCAGCACCUCAGCGACGAGAUGGUGACGGCCGACGACAUCGAGGACGACGAGCCAGAGCCCGAGGAGGGCACCGUUGAGGACCUGCGCCGCCGCGAGCUGCUCGACGACCCCAUCGAGGACGAGCCCGAGGAAGAGGACGAGGAUGAGGGCGGCGGCGGUGGCGGUAAUGACGGCAUGGAUGAAGAUAGCGUUAUCGGGGACUAAUCAGACGGCAGAGCAAGUAAGAAAAAAAUAUCUCAUGGCGCUUGGUUUUAUGGUUUUUCUUCCUCUUGGCUGUACCUAUUUUCCGGCCUCAAUUCUUCUCUUCGUCUACGUGUCUUUUUUUCUUCUCACCCCUUCACGGACGGACUGGGAGGACGAUAUUUGGCAUGACUUGAUUUCUUUUUUCUGUUCUAUCCUUUAUCCUCUUCCCUUUUGGGCACCUCUCGGAACCACCCGUUUCAGCCCUACCUGCCAUUCAUGAUGGCAUCCUAUUAAAACGUCAAUAUCGAGCCCACCUACUUGGCUUCCCCAUAAACUGCGAAAGCUGCAUGUCGCGUCAGGUAUAUAUCAUGUUAUUGAGACGAGACUUCACCGGGCUUGUCCACGAAUAGACUGGCAAAGUUGUGUGAUAAGCUAGGUAGUUCUCUAUCCAGCAAGUCCCUUUUGUGAGAGGAGAGGACUACCGAAGUAAG